AUGAAGGUUCUGUCUAAUGACUUAUUUCAUCACCGCGUUAAAUGGAUCCUGUUGCUCGGCCAGACUUUUGGUCUUCUGCCGGUCAACGGUGUCACUUCAGAAAAAUGCAAUUUAACGUUCAGUUGGUACUCGAAGAAAGUUUUUUACUCGAAAAUCAUCAUCUCCGGGUCCAUUUUCAUGACCACAACGUCGUUUUAUAGAAUUCUUAAUUCGGGGUACAAUCUCACCACCUUUGGCAGCUUUAUUUUUAACGCAAACAGCGCGAUUGAAGGAAUCAUAUUUUUCAAUUUGGCCAAAAGUUGGCCACAACUCAUUGAGAAAUGGAGUCGUGUGGAAAUGGCGCUUGAUAAUUGGAAAAAUGACAAGUCUUUGAAAAGAAAAUUUUAUUUAACAAUUUGCACGAUAAUGUCAGCGGCUGCAGUCGAACAUAUUUUAUCAAUAGUCAACACUUGCUCCCAAAUUCCGUCAGAAGUUGAGGACAAAUACACAACUUACUUUCUGAACACUUAUCCUCAUUUGUUCAAUUUUUUUGAGUUCUCGGUCCCUCUAGCUAUUUUCGCUGUGGUAAUGAACCUUUGUAACGUUUUUGUGUGGAACUUUUUGGAUGCAUUUUUGAUAAUUAUAAGCAUUGCUCUCACCGAAAAAUUUCGCCAAGUCACUGCAAAAGUCAUAGUCGCACAUAACGAAAAAAUACACUUGAAACAUCAUUGGGUAAAGCUAAGAGAAGACUACAAUCAAAUCUCAAUUUUGUGCAAAACAGUUAACAAAAAAAUAAGCACUCUUAUUAUAGUGUCCUUUGGCACAAACAUGUUUUUCAUAAUGUCUCAGCUCUACUGGAGCCUUAGCAUUGUCAAAACAACACCGGUUGAAAGCAUUUACUUUUCAUUUUCCUUUGGUCUCUUGGUUUUACGAACAAUCGCCGUGACUCUCUUUGCAUCAAAUAUUAACGACGAGAGCAAGAAAUCGAUGAAUUAUCUUCUCUCAUUAAGUUCGGACAUUUACAACUCGGAAGUUGAAAGAUUCGCGUUUCAAAUUCACUCUCAACCGGUUGCUCUUACCGGAAAUGACUAUUUUACAAUCACAAGAGGACUUUUAUUCAGCGUAUGAUAAUUUCAAUUUACGGUAAAAACUAACUGCUUGUUUUAGAUGGCUGGAAGCAUCGUAACAUACGAAUUAUUUUUAAUUCAAUCAAAUGAAGCUGUUUCUUAUUGAAUAAAUUAAUCUAAUAUUUAUCUCAAAGUAAAUUACAGAAAUGAAAAAAUAGCAAACAAGAUUGUGAGAUCACAAGUGCAACUUGUUUCGAAAACAACUAAAGGGAAACCAACAGGUGUUAAUUAUGAUUAUGAUAAAAUGAUCUAUCUUUUGAUACGUGCGCUGUAUCAGUAAAUUA